GGGCCGGAUCGACCCCACGCGUGCGCAUGCUCGAUGCGUCCAGGAGGGCGCCGGUGCCGGUGACUUCCCACGUGUGGUGUGAACCCAGAGCGCAUCAUGUUGUGAGGAGAUGGGGGCUGCUGUGUCUCGCGCAAUCAGGAAUUUCAACCUAGAGAACCGGGCGGAACGGGAAAUCAGCAAAAUGAAGCCCUCUCCCGCUCCCAGGCACCCCUCCACUAAGAGCCUGCUGCGAGAGCAGAUGAGCCACCAUCCAGAAAUUAAGGGAGAAGUUGCUAGAAAAGAUGACAAACUGCUGUCCUUCCUAAGAGAUGUGUAUGUUGAUUCCAAAGAUCCUGUGUCUUCUGUGAAGGUAACAGAUGCUGGAAAACGUCAAGAGCCAAAGGAGUUCAGAUUGGUAAAAGGCCAAGACUUUAACAUGAUGAGUAUUAAGAACGUUCCCAAAGGCAAAAUUUCCAUUGUAGAGGCAUUGACACUUCUCAAUAAUCAUAAACUUUAUCCAGAAACGUGGACUGCUGAGAAAAUAGCAGAAGAAUACUGUCUGGAACAGAAAGAUGUAAAAUCCCUUCUCAAAUAUUUUGUUACUUUUGAAGUCAAAAUCAUCCCUCCUGAAGACAAGAAAGCAAUACCAUCAAAAUGAAGAAAAUGUUGAAAUUACUUUUCCUAUAUGUAUUCCCCAAACCCGUGCCCUGUUUAGUUUCUCAUUUAGUUUCAAAUUACUGAAUGUUUAAAGCUCCCUCCUUGGGAGAGCAUACUAUUUAUUGAGCUCUGCUGAAUUUUCAGGAUUGCUGGUAGAAUGAAUUUUGUUUUCUUGUAAAGUUUAAUUCGGUUUAGGCAUAUGUUCGUGUGUAAUAUCAGCAGGACUAAUCACAUGUAUACAUUUAUUAUAAAUAAAAAAGUUAAAGUGUAAUUUUAGCACAUCAUAUCAUCAGCUUUUAAAUUGAUCAUAUGAUCUCUUGGGAAAUGUCCUGUAUCUCCCUCAUUUAACAUUCAAAGUUUUGCCAUCCAAUUUAGGUGAUUAAUUUAUUCUUCCUAUGGAAUUGUGAAAGUAAGAGUUUUCCUACCUUUUGUGACUAUAUUGUUAGGGUAAGGGAGACUUGACAGUGAGGUAGGAUAACAGUAUUUCCCAAAUGAAAGCAGACAGGAAAGUGGACACAAAAUCAAUAGAAAGUACAUUUUUAUUAUUAUAGGGAGUAACAGUGAGGACUUCUCUUGUUUUGAAUUGGUUUUAUGUAUGGAAUAACUUCUUAAAAUUAUAAAAAGGAAUUGAUAUUUAUGAAAUUUUAGCAGUCUCUGUUUUGACAAACGGGUAAAUCCAGAAGCUUUCAGAGAAGCAGGCAGUCGUGAGAGCUUUCUGGAAAAGUAACUUCUCUGGAUUUAAUAGAGAAAUAACAAGAAAAUUGUGAAGAAUGGUUAAAUCAAAGAACCAUGGUAAAUGAAAUUUGGUGAUGAAUUAUAUGUAUGUUUUCUCAUUUAAAUGCUGGUUGAAGGAAGAGAGAAAAAAUUGCAAGAAGCGUGAAAUGUGAUUAUUGGAAGGGACCUGGGAAAUUGCUGCUUCGUCAAUUGAACUAACUCAUGAGUACAGUGUGUAUUGGCACUAGGGUCUUGAGUGAGGUUAUGUAAGUUUAGCUCUGUCAUAUUACCACCCGUGGGAUCUUGGGUAGAUUGUGUAGCCUCUUGGAGACUGAAUUUUCUCUAAACAAUGAACAAAAUGCUGCCUUAUUUAACUCUAAUGAUUACCGUGAACAUAAAUAACAAUAAAGGACUGGACAAAUAGGACUUGUUUUUUGCAGUUAAGAACAGAGAGCUGGGGAGGUUUCAUGACCUAUUUAGGCUUAUUCUCUAGUUUAUGACAUAGCCAUGUCCAAAAUCUAGGUUUUCAGAUUCCUAGUGUUAUGUUUUUUCUGGUGGGCCAAAAAGAAGCAUAUUUCAAAAGAGCAGGAAGUGUAAGUUACAGGAAUAUUGGAAACGUGGUAAGAAAAAUUCCAGGUUAUCUGUGUCCUUCUGAAGGAAUACAGACAUGCACUACUUCCCAGGGAUUCCCUUGGGAAUGGUAUGGAAGAUGCUGAGGAAUUCAGCAUGAUGACGGAAGAAAGCAUUUGCAAUGCUGAAAAGAGAAAAAUGGGCUGAGAUGGGAAAUUUUAAGCUUGUUUUCAACUGCAGGUUCAUUACGUGAAUAAACUGUACCUUGUUUAUAUUUGGUUCAAAAGUGUUCUUUUAAGAAAACAACUGUAUAAAAUUGCAUUUCAAAAUCAGUCCGUCCACAAAACUGUUUUCCUUUAUCAAAUAAAGGUCAAUACUUGAAUUACAAAUACUGCUAUUUCUGAGCCAUCUUCCCUAUUCAGAUCUACUACACACUGUGGUUAGACGUAUGUAAAUCUGGCUGUUAUAUGGUGUCACAAGAUAAAAUAAAGUACUCCCAUAUCUUUCA